AUGCGGAUACGCUUGCCCUUUGCAGGCGUCUUCUUCGUCAUCCUCCUCAUCGCAGGCUACGCCGGCCUGACCUCCCUCCAGCUUGGCCAGUAUGUAAACGACAAAGUCCUACACUUCGGCACUUUUUUCGUCCUCACAACCGUCUUCUACUGGAUUCUCGAUACCAACCGCCGCCGCACCCUCAACCUCACCCUGACCGUCUGCACCUUCGUCCUGGGUCUCGGCUCCGAGUUCCUCCAGGGCUUCCUCCCCAACGGCCGCGAGUUCGACUUCUACGACAUCGUCGCCAACAUCGUCGGCUCGCUCGCCGGCCUGGGUCUCUGCUCGUGGUACCACAAGCGCAUGCUCGAGCGCAAGCGCCGGACCAAGACAUAUCAGGCUGUCCCGGGAGAGGAUGACGAGGACGUGGAGCUCGGCGAGGGACACGAGACGGGAGUGAUCGAGUCGAGCGGUGCCAGGGACGGCGGUAUCGGCGUUGGCGACGGUGGGAGAACGCUCGAGGAGGUUGUGGAUAACUGGGACGAGAACCAGGUGGAUGACUGGGACGAGGACGACGGCGACGGCGACAUUGGCGGAGUCAAGGGGAAGGAUGUCGAGACGGGUGACAUUGGUGACUCCAAGAAGCGGGCUGACUAG